AAAAUGAGCGGCUGUCAGUUCAGAUUGUUCGCUCCAGUAUAUCAGUGCGCCACAAGCAAUGACUUGACAGGGGUAAAGAAGAAGGAAAAUGACCCCAUUCGUACAUUUUCGUUCGACUGUAAAUUUUUCAAGAUUUUAAAGAGCAAUUUAGUGAGUGCUUGAUCUCAAAUUCACUCUUCCGUGAGAAUUUGUCCGCUUUCUGGCUGUUCACGCAAGCAGAACUACGCUUCGCGAAUGAAAUGGUCGCUCGUAGCAAUGAUUUAUUCAACCAGGAGAAGAUAUGUGGUCGUGACGAUUUUCUUCACCUCGGCGUUUUGGUUGAUUGUAGAGUUGAUACUACUUAGCUACACCAAUGUCGAACUCUCUCAAGCAGAUAUAAAUCAAUUCCCUGAUUCAAGGAGAACUGCUUCGAUUACUUUCGAAUCUUCAGAGGCUUCAAUCAAAGAAUUUAAAUCUGUGUACGUUACGCUCAUUCCCCCAAAUCCUAGAGGACCAGGAGAGAGAGGAGAAGCAGUUCACAAUGAUCAGGAUGACCCAGCUCAAAUAAGCCAGGAAAAAGAGGGAUAUAAAAAGUAUAGUUUCAAUGAAUUGGCAAGCAGUAAGAUUUCGUUGGAAAGAUCCAUUCCUGAUAAUCGACCAGAGAAGUGCCUUAGUCUGAAGUACCCGACAAAACUUCCCACUGCUAGUGUUGUUAUUAUCUUUCACAAUGAGGCGUGGUCGACUCUUCUACGGACAGUACACACAGUUUUAGCGCGAUCUCCGCAAGAAUAUUUAAAAGAAAUAAUUUUGGUUGAUGAUCACAGUAAUUUCGAAGGAUAUGCUCAUCUCAACGAAAAACUGAGUUCGUACAUCCAACAGUUUCCCAAAGUGCAACUCACUAGAGCAGAGACCAGACAAGGUUUAAUACGCGCCCGGCUGAUUGGCGCCAAACAAGCUAAAGGCGAUGUCCUCGUCUUUCUUGAUUCCCAUUGCGAGGCUAACUACGGUUGGUUGGAACCGCUGCUUGCAAGGAUUGCACAUGACAGGACUAUUGUCGUUACCCCAGAUAUCGAGGUUAUCGAUUUAAGAACGUUUUCUUAUGCUAAGGGUAAAGGAGGCUACAAUCGAGGGGUCUUUAAUUGGGAGUUGACUUUCAAGUGGAGGGCAUUGCCAGACUAUGAGAGGGAACGACGCAACAGUGAUGCUGAUCCUAUCAGGUCACCUACAAUGGCUGGUGGGUUGUUCGCAAUCGACAGAACGUAUUUCUAUGAAAUUGGUUCAUAUGAUACUGAAAUGUCUUACUGGGGAGGAGAAAACGUAGAGAUGUCCUUUCGGAUCUGGAUGUGCGGAGGAUCUCUCGAAAUUCUCCCGUGCUCCAAGGUCGGUCACGUGUUCAGAGAGAGUCAGCCAUACAAGAUUGGAGAAGGAGCAAUUGACAAGAAUAACAUGAGAUUGGCUGAGGUCUGGAUGGAUGAAUACAAACAAAUCUUUUACGCUAUGAGACCGCAGCUCAAGGACAGAUCUUAUGGAGACGUGUCCGAGAGAAAGGCCCUUAGAGAAAAACUUAAAUGUAAGAACUUCAAGUGGUAUUUGCAGAACGUGAUCCCAGAAUUGGACAUCCCGGAUAUGUACCCGCACGGUAGAGGGGAGGUCCGUAAUCUUGGUACUGACCAGUGCUUAGAUACGUUAGCGAAAAAUGAGCCAGGCGGCGAACCCGGCAUGUACAUGUGCCAUGGCAUGGGAAAUAACCAGUUUUUCAUGUACACGAAGAAGAAUGAGUUUUGGCAUGAUGAUCUGUGCUUGGAUCUGGUUAAUGGUGACUCCAACACCAAAGUUAAGCUAUACAAUUGUCACAGACUUGGUGGAAACCAAAAGUGGGAACAUGAUCGGGAUGGGAAAAUUCGUCACGUACUACACGACGUUUGCUUAGAUAUUGAAGGGGAUGGCCUAGUCGUACGGAAAUGUGACAACCGGCAAACACAGAAGUGGAGGUUCUCAGCUUACCCAGAAGAGGACAGAAGUAAAAGUAGUCAUUCUGACGUGUUAUAACAAGGGAUAUUUCAAUUUUAGGAUGUUUUUUAAUUCUUUUUUUGUUAAUUACAUUUAUUAAUUCAAUUGUGCCUUCGCCGGUCAAAAAAAUUAUUUUUUUUUAGAACUAAGAUACAGUUGGAGUGGUGUUAUCUCUAGUUUUUAAAUCAGUUUCUAUCAUGUAUCCUUACAGUCCAGGUUCUAACUUUCUUAGUCUCCCUGGUUGUGUGCCGUUCAGAGCCCAGUUAUUCAAAGGGUGGGUAACGCUAUCCAAAGGGUAAAUCGCUAUUCAGCGGAUAACUGCUAACAUAACGUACUGCGCUAUCCACUGGAUAGCGAAUUUAUCCAGUAAUAACGUUAUCCAAAAUUCGAACAACCGAUGACAGACCAUUAGAAUUUUAGUUAAAUAUUUCAAAGCGUUGCGAAAUUGACGUUCACAACUUUGAGACAAUUUCAAGUGCAGUAAAGUCAAGGAAAAAGCUUGAAAACAAUGAAGAAGUAAAGAAUAGUAGGCAGUAUCGGAGAUCAUAUUGUAUCAGUCUAUCUUCAGUAUUUAGAAGGUGACAGAUCAAAUUCAAAUUGUUUGCAGUAAUUACAUGAAGAGAAAUUUAUAACUCACGCGAUUCCAAUCUUCCCUUUAACCCUCAGCACCCUAAGAGUGACUUGCAUCUAAUUUCUCCUCACAAUAUCACCUCUGAAUCAAACAUUGAGGUCUCGAGAAUAAGGGAAAUAAUCACCAACUUAAAAAGCCCUUGCAUUUGAAACAAAUUCUCCUUGUCAGCACCUUAGGAAAUGUAUAAAGAACAGUAUGGAGAAUAUGCAUACUGAUGUUAGGGUGGACAGGGUUAAGUGUCACAGCCCAGGACCAGUUACGCUUCUUUCUCGCUCUUAAGCAGAAUUUUGGGAUAACGCGCGGGGUACAAACUACUCUCGCAUUCACGUCAGUACCAAUACAAAUGUAAGACUCGCAUGUUGAAAUACAUGUUUUUAACUAAAAA